AUGAUUCAGCAUUUGCAGGUUGACGAGAAAGGGAGCACAUGGGCUCUGACCGAGGAAUACAUCGACUUAUGCAUCGCCAGGGCAGAUGCGAACUCUGAUGGAAGGAUCGACUUAGACGAAUUCGUCCACUUGCUGGUCAUGCACCUGCCCGACGCUCGCAUUGCAGCCGAUGCCGAGUUCAUGACUGACACGGAAGAAUGCAUCAGGCUUUGGUCACAAGAGCGCGCGCAGCGUCUUGCAAAAAGCGUGUUGGUCGCUACUUCGGAUCGUAUAGGGAUGCAAAGGUUGGCGAUCUGUACAGCCAUCACGCUUGGUGCUGCAAUGAUUGAAGCCACGCUUUUUGUCAAUUUCUCGCAUCCGGCUGCGUUCUUCUUCAUUCUACGCUAUGCAGCAGAGCAGCUUCUGCCGUCUGUCGUGUGGUUGACACAGGAUGCUGCUUUGGUGGCAGACGCAAUGGGGUACAGCCCUGAGGAGCUACUGGUGUUCCACAUCAUGGAUCCAGCAAAGAAGGCUGCAAGAAUGCUGGCAGCUGGGCAGUGUCAUGCAGUGCGGUCUGUGGCGGCCGGAUUCGGCUUGCUUGGUCAGUUGUUUCAGAUUGCACAGAUAACAACGAACACAAGAAAGCAGUUUGACGAGCGGGUUCGUCUCGGCGAAGAGCCUCCUCUGUCCUCUGGUGCCAACGAGCGUGUUAUUCGGCUUUGUGGCGACUUCUCCUUCGUCACCUAUACCACGGCAUCAAAACAAGGGAAGUAUCAUGUCUUGCCUGUUAUGGAUCCCAACAGCAUGCGAAUGCUUGCGGAGAAGGUUACGCUUGGAUUUAGAUAUCCCUUGUUCCUCGGUGUCCAGUCCAAGCUCUGGGGGCAGCCGUGCCUCGCUCAAGGUCACACCAAUUUGCGGUGCUUUUUGCAGUUUUUUGGACUUUUCUUCUCUUUGCUCUUUGCCUGCUCGAGGGAAGUUUGGCAGCCGCUCCUGGGUGAUGCCGUUCGACCCUCCUGGCUCUUGGAUGGUCCGCCUGGGAGGAAGAUCUUGUGCAUAGAGGCCUCGGCCUGCAUUUUCCUUGCUGGCUGCUCUGAUCUAGGGAAGCCAUGCGAAGCCGCGAACAUGCCUGAUCCCAGGUGGAUGGAACGGAAAGCAUCUCGGCCGGCAGAAAUCCGGUUGCCCAGACACUCUGCAAUAGUACUUAAACUCUACAUACAAGUUGCAUGCCGCUGCAGUUAG